AAAGGGGUUAAAGCCAUGACGGCAGACCAAUCAGGAGUGGGGGAGCGCCGCAAACCUCCGCAGUAAAAGAGAGAGACGGAAGAAGGGAGGGAGUGAGAGAGAGGGAGGUAGAGAGCGGGAGCGUCGCGCUUCGCACUCCAGUCCAGACGGCCGACGGACGACGAGGAGCGUUCGCACGUCGGGCCGCCCGCGUGGAUGAGAGAGCGCGGCGGAGGAGGAGAAGCCCGCCGCCGACCGACCCCCUCGCCAUCUCCCGUCAGAACGAGCGACGUUGUCAGCGGAGCAUCCGUCGACGUCGACGGCCGGCUCAAGAUGCAGGAUUGAAAAAUGCCACUCUCUCCCAACUCCCCGGGGACGACGAUAAAUUGCGCUCUCGCAAAUGUCACGGAGGUCGCACGCCACGCCGAUCGGACGCGCCGCUAAUCCGCUGCGCUCACGCCAUCUGCCGUCGGCGAGGGUUCAGGCAUGCGUAGGAGCCGCUUCGGAUACGCCGGUGCGACGCCUCUGCGAUCCCGCGUGCGGAUAGAAGAGGCGGACGGCGAAGGUCCGCUCCGUGAGUGCCCUCGGGGCAGGGCCGUCAUCAUGGGCCGCGGCGAGCGGCCGGACGCGCCGACCUCCUAAGCGCCGAUCGCGGACACGCCGCAGACUGACCGGCGCGCUCUCGCAAUACGAGGCGCAAGGGGUCGCUUUGUUUGAUUGGACGUCUCUCCUGGAACGGGGACAAAACCACGAGCCGCUCCCGAGCGCAGAAGCGCGCUAGCAGCCGGUCCCCCGGAAGUCUCUCAAAGGACCCGAGCGAAAGUCGUCAGGCCUCCGGCCGGACGGGCGCGCGCCCGCCCGCUAAGGAAAAGACCGACGAUGUCCGGCCGCGACGCUCACUGGCCCGAUUCCACCAGCCCGCGACUCGGAUAGUGCCGCAGGCAAGGGCCACCGCGGAAUGCGCAUCGGCGGCAUGGGCAACGUGACGGUGAGCGACGACGAGGAGCCCCUGGGCCGCGCGGCCGAUCCGGCGCCCGCCGGCUACCCGCCGGGCUUGCGGGCGUCGUUGGCGGCCUUCCUCGCGCUGGAGAUCCUCCUGGGCCUGAGUUCCAACCUGACCGUGCUGGCCCUCUACUGCCUCAAGUCCAACCUGAUCAGCUCGGUCAGCAACAUGGUGACCGUCAACCUCCACGUGGCCGACGCGCUGGUGUGCCUCUGCUGCAUCCCCCUCACCGCCACGGCGGUGCUGCUCUCCCCGGGGGGCGAGGCGGCCCCGCUGCGCCGCUUGCACGAGGCCUGCGUGUCCUUCGCCGGCGUGGCCACGGCCGCCAACGUGCUGGCCAUCACGCUGGACCGCUACGACAUCUCGGUCAAGCCGGCCAAGCGCGUGCUGACGGCGCGGCGGGCCCUGGCGCUCAUGGCGGCCGUGUGGCUGCUGUCCUUUGUCAGCUUCCUGGUCCCCUUCGCCGAGGCGGGCUUCUUGGCGCGGGGCCGCGCCCGACUCAACCAGACCCUGGGGGAGCGACGCGCCGACGGCGCCGACCGCUACGACGCUGAACCGGGCCUCUACUACCACCUGCUGGCACAAAUUCCCAUUUUCUUCUUCACCGCCGCCGUCAUGCUGAUCACCUACUCCAAAAUCCUGCGGGCCCUCAACAUUCGCAUCGGCGCGCGCUUCCACGCCUCGCAGAAGAAGGCGCGGCGGAAAAAGUGCCCGUCGGCCACGGCCAUGACGCCGCAGCGGGAGGCGUCCCAGAGUGGCGGCGGCGAUGGCGGCCGCAACCCCACCGCCCUGGGCAUGCGCGCCUCCGUGUCGGUCAUCAUCGCCUUGCGCCGGGCGGUCAAGCGUCACCGGGAGAGGCGGGAGCGGCAGAGGCGGGUCUUCAGGAUGUCCCUGCUGAUCGUCUCCACCUUCCUGCUGUGCUGGACGCCCAUCACCGUGCUCAACGCGCUCAUCCUCAGCCUGGGCCCCAGCGACCUGAUGCUCAAGUUGAGACUGGGCUUCCUGGUCAUGGCCUACGGCACCACCGUCUUCCACCCGCUGCUCUACGCCUUCGCCAGGCAGAAGUUCCAGAAGGUCCUGAGGAGCAAGAUGAAGAAGAGGGUGGUGUCCAUCAUCGAGGCCGAUCCCGCCCCCGACGACGCCGUCAUCCGCAACUCCUGGAUCCAGCCCGACAGGAACAAAAAGGUGACCUUCGAGGACAAGGACGCCCGGCGGAAAGGUCCGCCUCCCGACGAGGCGCGGUGAAAAGGAGGCGCCCGCGGCCAAAGGCGCCGCUUCGCCAGGGGAACCGUCCGUCCCAAGCCAGCGUUUUGGAAGUCGCGUGUGCAACGCCGCCCUUGAUGACUAGUUAUGGACGAGUACUGUAGCUAUUGUGUGGCUUCUCGUCACUUUGUGUCCGUACGCCAUACGUGUGCAACUUAGCCGAGGAAGUAGGCGUCGCGCGGACGGCCGGUAGAUCGCUCGACAAUAGAUUGGCUCUCUCCUCACCGAAAGCGCGAGAACCUUUUCUGUCUCCCCCGCCGAACGUUUGUGACUCUGCGACAGCCGCCGGAUCGCGGUCGAGACCCUGGACGAAGAAAAGUAUUCUGUGCAAGUUGGAUCGUUAGUCUGCAUCAUCACUGAUGAUGAUGAUCCGCUCAAAGUAAACAUGAGUUGACUUGAGAGUAUGGUUAGGCAAGCAAGAGAAGAAUGUUUUAUUUUUUUUUCCAUUCAAAUUUGAACACAGGUUCUUAAACGGGCCUGCGGACCACCGGGUGUUUGUGAGCCCUAAGUAAGCAUCAAUAAACUCGGACUUUAAGAUCGGGUGUGUGAAAUGUACUGCCAUCUAGUGGUGAACUAAUAGGAUGCAACGACCUCGAAGCUUUGACGUUGCCGAAGAGAGAGCAGACUUGGCACGCCUCUCAUCAACUGCUUCAGCAGAGGUGCAUACAAAAUGUGAGCCCAAGCGACUUCUUAUUAAUAUUAAUCUUUUUUUGAAUAGUAAACACUGAAAAAUCGUCCUCUCGUUGACGUGGCAGGCAGCACCGUGGAGUCUCUUCGUUGCGGGGAAUCAUCCCGAGACAGAAAUCCCCUGGACUCAACCGCACGCUUUCGGUCGUCUUUGCCCUUCCCAACUUCGAUCCUCAAACAUAGCCAAAGUCAGCUCAUGCUAACGCGCUGACCUUUUAUUUUGAAUUGUAAAAGAUGACUUUCGGAACCAGUAUUAACAGC